AGGUGGAGAGAUUUGAGUCAUUUAAGGUCACUCUACUUGUCACCCUUCAAUGCCUGGCCUGGCCUGGCCUGCCCUCUCCUUCUUAAUGGGGUUGGAUGGAGGCCAUUUAAGAUCCCUUCUUUAGUGUCCACGCCCUCCCCUGCAUGACCCCAUCAAUCGUGCUGUAGAAGAGAAGCAGCUCGCUCACUCAAUUCUCCUCACCUCCUAUAACUUCAGUCGAGUACUCGAGUUCCACACAUAUAUAUAUAGGGAGUGGUGGUGUCAUCACAACACCAGCCAAGCCAGAGAUCGAUGAGCACUGAAUUCUUUAGAGCGCACAAGUUUCACCAGGAGUUGAGAGCCAAGAGGAUGGAGAUGCAGCCGGAGCUGUCGCUGGGGCCAACGUGGCCGGCGCUGGGCUUUGCCCCCGCCUCGGAGAAGAACACCAAACAGAUCAGCUCGUCUUCUUCCGAGUCGGACGGCAGCUCCCGGAAGAAGAGGAAGCAUUACAACACCUGGGAGGAGCCCGCGUCGCACCCGCACCUGGAGCUCCAUCUCAGUGACCCCCUGCCCCUCGACUGGGAGCAGUGCCUCGACCUCCAAUCCGGGAAGAUGUAUUACCUGAACAGGAAGACUUUGAAGAGGAGCUGGAACAGGCCCAAGGAGCAGGGCGUGAGCCUGGAGCUCAACAUGUCCACAACGCCGACGAGGCAGGUCGUCGUUGUGGACGACAGCAACACCAGCGCCACUGCUCCUACCCUCUCACAAGCAGCAGCGACAAAGAGAGACACCGCCGGUGGCAACAUGAUCGCUGUGCCAUGCACCAACUGCCAUCUCCUGGUGAUGCUGUGCAAGUCCUACCCCACCUGCCCCAACUGCAAGUUCAUGCAGUCGUUGGCACCGGCGCCGGCGACGCCACAGGCGGCAGCUCAUCGCAUGCUCGACGCCGCUGUGAAGCCGCUGCGGACCCUGAGCCUUCUCCACUAGGCGGACAUGAUGGUUGUAGAAAGGAAACCCUAGUAGCUGUAGACCAAACCAAAACUAGGGUGGAAUUCCAACUAGGGUUAGUAUUUGGAGGGAGGGACCGAUGCAUGUAUGUUAAUCAAGGGUUGGAGCAAGUAAGUAGAUCUUGUAGUAGUACUACUAGUACUAUAACUGUUAUUAAGUAUAAUUAAUCAAUAGUAAUGGUGAUAAAUG